AAAGUAUAAAAACUAUAAUAAAAUACUAACAUUGUAAAAUGACACCAAAAUGUUUCCAGUAUCUGAAAAUUAUAUUAGUAAAGUUGUAAAUUUAAUUAUAAAUGAUCUUAACAUAACGGAGGGCAGGUACUCACUAAUGAAGUUUGAGGCAAUAGCCCAAAAUUACUUCGGUGUUAUUGUCCCAGUUGUUAUAACUGGUAAACGCAAGGAAAAUGAAGUAAGUCUGGAUAUAGUUCUAAAAGUAGCUCCUACUGAUGAAAGAUUCCGAGUUAGUGGAGCUCUUACUCAGUUUUUUGCUAAAGAAAUUUAUGUUUACUCAACGAUACUCAGAAAAUAUCAGGAAUUCCAAAAUGACAUGCCAUUAGUAAUGCAAUAUAUUAUGCCAAAAUGUUACUACAUAUCCAAAGAAUAUUGUAAUGAAGUAAUUUCAAUGCAAAAUAUGUGCAAAGAUGGUUAUCAACCAUAUACUCAAAAUAUGUUUUUAGACAUAGAUCAUGUGAAAGUGGCCUUGAUAUCUUUGGCAAAGUUCCAUGCUUUAUCAUUUAUUAUGAGGGAGUGGGAUCCAAAAUUGUAUGAAGAGACAAAAAGUAUAUGUUUACCAUUAAGCAAUAAGACCAAUAAAAGGUUUAUGGAUAUUCUGUUAGACAGAUUACAUAAAGUAACUGGCAUAUUUGAACAUUCUUCGUAUGACUUGAUAUUGGAGAAUAUGAGGAAUAAUUGUGCAUAUUUAGUUGAAUCUGUAGCUUGCAGUGUAAAACAAAUGUGUAUAUGCCAUGGCGACAUUUGGAAAGAAAAUAUUCUCUUUAAAUAUGUGGACAAUAAGCCUAUAGGAGCUUGUCUUAUAGACUAUCAAACAGUCCGGAUGGCCAGUCCAGCAUUUGACAUACUUUUCUUGAUUACUACAAGUACACAUAAUGAAUUAAGACGUAAAUAUUACCAAGAAUUAUUAGAUACUUAUUACCAAACAUUUAUUGGAGUUUUAAAUGAGGCUAACUUAGAUUCACACACUUUAUAUUCAAGGGAAAUGUUUGAGGAGGACUUAAAAAUUGUUGCCCCUGGGUGCUUCAUUGUGGCUAACACUGCUUUAUGGCUCUCAAAUGGUUUGCAGCAAGAAGGUCAUGUUAGGAGCAAACAUAUCUUGACAACAGAUGAGGAAAAAGAAGUUGCUACAAAUAAAUAUAAAUCAGUGAUAAAAAAUAUAUUAGAUGAUUUUAUCUGUUAUGGUUACUUAAGUUUAUGACAUAGUCUUCCAAGUAAUUAGUUGUUAUAAUAUUUGUAAUAGUUUAUUUAUAAAUAUGUGCCUUCCUUGCCUUCAUGUAUACAUUUGUUUUUUAAAGCAAAAUUAAAUUUAGUUAUUCGAUUUUAUCUGUAGUAAUAGAAGACUGUACAAAAUAAAGAAAUUAAUUGGCCAAUUAAAAUAUGUUAAUCACCCUGUUAAGCAUACACAUAUCCACUACCACAAGAUAACAAUUAACUGGAAAGUUUUAGUUGACAACAAUAAAAGUAACAUAUUUUUUUUAAUCAUCACAAUAAUAAUUUUUGUAAUAUCUCAGUGUCAAAUUACUAAUAGGUACUGUUGACUGUUAGAGUUGCUGGAAACCAACUCCAGGGAGAUACAAUUGUAGUUUGAGCGAAUGUAAGCUCUGGUGGUGGUUUAGAAUCUUACCUACGUUAAUUCUCGUGGUUAGAUAAAAAUUGAGGCAGGAAACAAUAAAUAGUUCUCAGAACUGAAGUUAGAGGUCACUGGAUGUUGGUUGUAAAAAGUCUUCUGCGCUGGUGUGUCUGUUUCUCUAUUUUAUCUGCGAUGCAACUUACUU